AAUAGGACACAGUGAAGUAUAUUGUUUCGUUUGAUUAAAGAUGCAAAUGCGUUCACUAUUUUCUAUUCACAGCACACUUUCAUCUGCGUUCCUUAUUUUCUGAUUGGGUGUUUCCUGACCGCUGAUAUAGUGGGCGCAGAUCAUGGCAGUCUUAUUAGAACCCAACUCUUUUCUACCAUAAUAUUUACAUCAGGCGCCUGUACCCUGCUUCAGACAGCACUCGGUACCAGGCUGCCGAUGAUCCAGGGUCCGUCAGUUGCAUUUCUACCUGCCCUGCUGACAGCCCAGAGAAGCAGGGAGUGGUCUUGUACAGAUAGCAGCACAGACUACAACAGCACAUACUACAACAUCACCAACGAUGCUAACCACACCACCUCAACCCCAGAUACUGUUCCAAUGGACGACUUGCCGACCUGUUUGAGUCCCGAAGACAAACUGAGAGAAAUAUCUGGAAGUUUAAUGGCUGCUUCGUCUGUUGAGAUCCUCAUUGGCGGGACAGGACUUGUAGGGCUUCUAAUGAAGUUUGUAGGACCAGUUACAGUGGCCCCUACCAUUGCUCUGGUAGGACUGAGUGUGUACAAGGUGCUCAUUGCCUACUCACGGUCGUCAUGGGAACUAUCCUUACUAGGUGUUGUGCUUGUCGUGCUGUUUGCGUUGUACCUUGGCCAUAUCGCCGUGCCCUUCCCCACACAGAGCGCAUGUAGCGCCCAACACAGGAGGAGAAAGAGCAAGACUCAUGGCGUGCUAAUCUUUCAGCUACUUCCGGUCCUCCUCAGCAUCCUCGUAGUGUGGGCCGUAUCUGGAAUCCUAACACACGCAAACGUGUUCCCUACAGACCCCGCCAAUCCAAGGUUCAGGGCCAGGACAGAUGCCAAAUCCACGAUGUUACAUCGCACGCCUUGGUUUUACGUCCCCCACCCAGGACAGUUUGGAAAGCCAUCGUUCAACAUAGGACUGUUUAUAGGAUUUAUAGCAGCGUUCCUUGCCUCAAUUAUUGAGUCUGUAGGGGACUACUUUGCUACGGCCAAAGCGUGUGAAGUCACCACUCCACCGAAACACGCCAUCAACAGGGGGAUAUUUGUAGAAGGGCUUGGGGGACUACUUUCUGGAGCGGUGGGAUUUGGCCUCUCAACAACUUCGUACACACCCAACAUUGCUGCAAUGACUCUGACUAAAACAGCUCACCGCUACAUCAUGUACAGUGCCGGUGCCAUUAUGCUGGUGCUGUCGGUCGUGGGGAAGGUCGGUGCUGCAAUAGCGACAAUACCGGACCCAGCUCUUGUCGGUUCUAUGGUAGCAGUAUGUGGCAUGAUGGUCACUCUCGGACUCUCUUCGUUACAGUACGUCAAUAUGAACUCUUCCAGGAACCUCCUCAUCGUUGGGAUGGCUCUGUUCAUUGGCAUAUUUUUGCCAGAGUGGUUAGAGAGACACCCUGAGGACCUCGAAACAGGGGUCAAGGACCUUGAUAAAAUUCUGCAGCUUAUUCUUGGAACUCCAAUGCUUCUUGGUGGCCUCAUCGCCAUCUUCCUGGAUAAUACCGCGAAAGGAUCACGGAAAGACCGAGGCAUUGAUGCUUGGCAGAAUCUCCUGGGGACUGACGCCACCAACACCAGCAUCACACAGAAGCCCGUGGAGACGUCAUCAAACAAUACGUAUGGAUGGUUCUGGCAAGGUCGACUGUAUCAGUACCUGCCCUGCUGUUCACGGCUCCCCUUCAUGCCUCCGGGGACAGGGUUAGAUCGUACCCUCACGUCACCAUCCCAGCCAGGUGGGACGCCGGAUAAUGUCAGAUCACUCUUGGGAAACUCUAGUGUGUAGUUCCUCUUCGGGCCGCAUCAUUUUGAUUAAUCAUUUUCAACCCCCAUCGUUGGGAUGUUGUAUUUGCCGGAUAAUUAACCAAGGGCCGGUAGCUCUGACCAGCCAUUCCAAAAUCGAUGUACAUGCUGCACAUGACGCACGAUGGCUGUCGUGUCUGUGCAGGUAGUGUGUU